AUGAUAUCUGGCUUUAACAACGACGGGGCAGCUUCUUUGCCAACCAGGGCUCAGUCGCCGAUCAAUAUGCCAAGAGGAGCGCAUCCUGGGGCUGUUUUGCUUUCUCCUAAAAGAACUGCGAUUUCCUCAUUCUCUGGAAAUGGAGGUGGUAGUAGUAGUGGAGCAGGAUCAUCUACACAGCUUUUGAGCCCACCGCAACAUCCGUUGAGUUUGAACGAUAUUUUGGAUCAGCAGCACUCGCAGCCACAGCUUGUCGAACCUUCGUGUACGUUGUCUUUGGAUGCAUCCAUUCAGCACCCAUUGGCUUCAAGUAUCUCUAUGAACUCUCCAUUGUUGCAACCUCAGGCUUCGUCCUUAUCAGUAACAAACACCUUUUUAGAUUCAUUUGGCUCUAGACCUUCCAGUGCCGUUGGCGCACAACAACAGCAGCAACACCAAUCUGUGUCCCACAACAGCAAUCCUAUGGUAAAUUUUACCAAUGGUGUGAAUCAGGUCUGUAGUUGGAUGACGAUGUUGACCACCGCUCAGCAAAACACAGUGAUGGACAAUUUAUUGUCCUCGUUAAACGAAGAAGUGUUACAGCACACAAAAUGGAAGCUUGACAGCUUAACCAAUAGUGGCUACUUGUCGCCUUCGUUACGGCCAAUUGCGUCCCCGAUACCAAACCGUGUGACUGUAGAUAACUCAACACCGCUAUCAUCCAUCCAGUUACCAGGUGCUGUUACGUUAGAUUCAGUAUUAAGUGACUCAGCUUCUACGACUGCAAACGCUGCUGCUGCUAAUUGUAAUAACAUUAAUGGUAACAGCCUUUCUGUCAAAAACUUGUAUAGACAGUGGUCACCAAAUCCUCAAGGAUCCGGUACUACGCAGCCUAUGUUUGACUACUUGAAUGAGAUCACCAGACCCAGGUCUGCUGAUCCAAGCCGUUUGAGAACCACUCAGAAUUCGCACCACUACCAAAAUAGUCAUCACAGUACCAAUAAUAAUACCAGCAGUAACAAUGUGAGUCAUGAUGGAAGUAGUGGCAAUGGUAGCAACAACAAUAGCCACAAUAAUGUUCAUGGUCAUCAACACAGCAACAGCCAGUCUGGCAACAGAUUCAGCAAUAUAAAAGCAGUGAGACCACAGUCCCCUUCUUCCGCUGCAAAAGCGACUAGCGUCAAUUCCUCUUUCACCGAAAUACACCCCCUCACUAUGCAGUCCACCACUCCUGCCACUUCUAAUUCAGGUGCAUCAUCCAAUACCAGUGGUAGCUCCAAUAUGAAUACGAAAUCCUUGUGCGAUCCCAAAUUGUUGAAGAAUAUACCUGCGUGGUUAAAAUCUCUAAGAUUGCAUAAGUACUCCGGCUCAUUAAACGGCAAGAAUUGGCAGGAAUUGAUCGAAUUGGAUGACCUCUUACUCGAAGAGAUGGGUGUGAGUGCACUUGGUGCAAGAAGAAAAUUGCUGAAAGCCUUUGCCAUAGUCAAGGAGUGUAAGGAGAAGGGACUUAUUGAUGAGAGUGCUUAUUAA